ACAAAUGGAAAAUAAAGAAACCUUAACCUUGUGCCGGCCAGGACCGGAGUCAGGAACCCCUGCCCUGCUGUAGUUAUUUCUUGGAGCUGGAAGGAACAGAACACUACCGAUAGUAUGUAAUUACGGCCCCUUUCUCUUUCUUUGAAUGCAUUAUCUCCAUAAUUAAACAUUAACGGUAAAUCAGACAUUGUAAUAGAGGGUAAAUUGCAUUUAACGCGCUGUUUUUGUGGGAAUUAUUGAUGGCCGUUAGGUGGCGAGGGCACGGAAACAGCCUUCGUUCAAAUUGCGCGCCGAGCUCUAGGAUGAGCAAUCGAAAGGAGACUUCUAGGCCGAGACUACAAGCGUACACGCCCUCCUUUCUAUUCAUCCAAUCAAAAACCAAUAAAACGUCAAUAUAACGCGCUGUGUGAUACUCUUUCUCUGUACAUUUUUGUUUCUUCAAAUCGUGCAGUUUUGUGCAAGUUGUCGAAAUGGCAAGAACAAAGCAGACAGCUCGUAAAUCUACUGGUGGUAAAGCUCCCCGAAAACAGCUCGCCACUAAAGCAGCUCGUAAGAGCGCUCCUGCUACCGGUGGCGUAAAGAAGCCUCACCGUUACAGGCCCGGCACUGUAGCUCUGCGAGAGAUCCGUCGUUACCAGAAGUCCACUGAACUGCUUAUCCGCAAGCUGCCUUUCCAGAGAUUGGUAAGAGAAAUCGCCCAGGAUUUCAAGACUGAUCUCCGUUUCCAGAGCUCUGCCGUCAUGGCUCUGCAGGAGGCUAGUGAGGCUUAUUUGGUCGGUCUGUUUGAAGAUACCAACUUGUGUGCUAUCCAUGCUAAGAGAGUGACCAUAAUGCCCAAGGACAUUCAGUUGGCUCGCCGCAUUCGAGGGGAACGUGCCUAAAUACCACAUUUUUGAUUAAAUGUACAAAAACGGCUCUUUUUAGAGCCACCA